UUAGAUAAAUAGUUUUCUGAAAUUUUAUCUGAGUUAAUUAAUCUCUAAUACAGUUACAACACUGAAUCGUCAUUUUGACAUUGGUUUUUUUUUUUUUUUUUUUACACUUGAUGCAUUCAGCCGGAAUGUAUACAAUCAACCCCUUAUCUUUCAAUUUUUAUCUUCAAACAUUGAUUUACAGGGACAUUUCGGUAGUUUUAGAGGGCAUUUUGGUAAAUCACAGGCAUUUCGGUAAUUUUUGGGGGCAUUUCGGUUAAUCACAGGCGUUUCGGUAAUUUGGGGCACCGUAGUAUUCAUAUCCAGAACAAGAUUUUUUUUAAAAGUUAUCCGUACAUGUAUGGACACUUCAGACGACUUACAAUUAAAGCAUCUUAAUAUCAUGUCACAUGACUUUCAACGUAUGAUCCGCUUAUUCUUUGAAUGCGGGGAAAUAUAAUGCAAUUGAUGUAAAAAGUGCAUUGCGACCUGGUACAAUCAAGGAGUGAUUAAUUAUGAUUGAGAAAAUAUGGUUUAAUUACAUGCUUUUAUGGAUUUUGUGUAACAUCUCAAAAUGAGAACUUGAGUUGACAAGAUUCAAAAUGAUGAAAUACAUGUCCUAUCGCUUGCAUUCGAAUUGACACCAUUUUGACCCAAUUUCAAGUUCCAUAUGUAUGGUUUGAUUUUUCAUUAGUUUUCUUUUAAAUACGUAUUUAGGUAGCUGUUAUAUAUCGAGAGAACUCUGCUUCACCCUCUAUAACAUAGAUUAUAGACAGAAAAAAAGCAAAUAAAUCAUCAAUUAAAUUUUGACUGUUACCAGAUGUCAAAAAUAUGGAGAAUUAUCAUGUAUUGGAGAUCAUUGGUGAAGGGUCCUUUGGAAAAGUGUACAAGGGGCGCAAAAAAUACUCAUCACAAGUUGUUGCACUGAAGUUUAUUCCAAAAGUGGGAAAGCCAGAAAAAGAAUUGAGAAAUCUUAGAAGAGAGAUUGACAUUAUGAGGAACUUGCACCAUGAAAAUAUUAUCGAAAUGUUGGAUAGUUUUGAAACCGGAAAAGAGGUUGUGGUAGUGACAGAUUAUGCGGAAGGUGAAUUAUUUCAAAUUCUUGAAGACGAUGGCAGCCUCCCAGAAGAACAAGUCCAGCGGAUCGCUUGCCAGCUGGUGUCUGCCCUGUAUUAUCUACAUUCGCACAGAAUCCUUCACAGAGACAUGAAACCUCAGAAUAUUCUUCUCGGGAAGUCGGGCAUCAUUAAACUCUGUGACUUUGGAUUUGCCAGAGCUAUGAGUUUCAAUACCCUUGUGCUUACUUCCAUUAAGGGUACACCAUUGUACAUGUCUCCAGAGCUGGUUGAAGAAAAACCAUACGAUCACACCGCAGAUUUAUGGGCCCUCGGCUGUAUUCUGUAUGAGCUCUUUACUGGUACCCCUCCCUUCUACACCAACAGUAUCUUCCAGUUAGUCAGUCUGAUCAUCAAGGACCCUGUCAAAUGGCCAAAGAACAUGAGUUCUGUUUUCAAGGACUUCCUUCAGGGUCUCUUAACAAAGAACCCAAGAUCUCGAUUGGCUUGGCCUGAUCUUCUACAUCAUCCUUUUGUAGCAGAAGGCAUUAAUGUGCGAGAGGAGGAUGCUAACUUACAGAGCCCCUUCACGCAGCCUCUGACAGCUUCCAUGAUGAUUCUUAAAGAAAAGCAAUCCAAAGAGAAGGCUCAUCCUCCGGGGACCUCAAAAAUCCUGGCCAAGGCUCGAAAGAAGGCGAUGGAGGAGGAGAAGAAGAAAGACGAUGAAGAUGCACCAAGUGCUGAAAAAGAGGCUGCAAGUAAGGAGGCCUGGGGUCCCAGCAAAAAGCCUGAGGUCAAGUUAGACGUAAAACAACAGCAGAAGGAGGUGGAGGCCAAUCAGCGGGCAGGGGAGGAGACGUGGGAUGAUACAGGACUCAGUAAGAUGACAGAUGUGAGAGAAGACGCUGUAAGCCCCACACCAAGGCCAGACAGAAUAAGUAAAGAUUAUGAGAAAGAAUACCCUAGUAUUGAGAUUGAGGGACGACGGACAGUUAGGAAGAGUCCAAGCAAAGAAAAGAGGAAUAAAUCUCACGUGGAUAAUGUCAAGUUGGAAACUGAGGAGGUGGACAGUGAUGAUGAAUGGCAGGGACUAAUCGAACAAACCGACCAAGAAGGGGAUCCAGAUGUGGCCCUGAAACUCCUACAGGAUGUUAAAUUCCAAACCAAACUGAAAACCCGGAUACAGAACAGCUCCGCCCAGGUGUUGGAUGGGAUGCUGGAGGGAGCAGCGAGGUUAAAGACCGUGCUGAGGGUGAUUACCAACCUAGUGACACUGAAAUGUGAGCUGAAGUGGAUACUGGACUUUGUGAAGGCACUUUCUUUACCUAAGCUUCCGCUGAAUAUGUUAGCUGAAAUUCUUGACAAGAACAAAGUCAAACAGCAACCCUGGUGUCAGCAGAUUUUGAUAGACCUGGUCAUCACUUUGAAUGCCUACUUUGCCAGUGAAAUCAGCUGGAACGAUGAUAUAGAGAAAGAUGUAAUUCAGGAGUAUUAUGAUGCCAUGGUCCAGUUCAUGUCUCUGGUGCCACAGCUGUUGUUCCAAGCAAUGGAUGAAGACUUGAGACUCCGAGAACAAGCAGUAUUGUGUGCCAUGUACACCUGUGAAGCCAUGGAGCGGAACAAGUUACAGGUUGCCAACCAGUAUUUCACCCACCUGGCCACCAAACAGACUAAUACUUUGGACUGUAUAUUGAACUGUACCAUGGGGGACUCCAAUGUCCUGAAAACACUUACUGAGUUAGCGGAGGGUAACGGAGAGGUCGCCACAGACAGGAUGGAGUCACUAAUACAGCUGUCUGUUACCACCGUGUCAGCCAUGGUCACCCUGCCGCUGUCGAUGGAUGAAGCUGCUGAUGGCCGGAGAAAGAUUGCUUUGUACGUUGGAGACAAGCUGGCUCAGAAAGGUUCCGAGCUACUGGCUGAUGAGUUCAUUAUAUUACUCAGGCAUCCGGCUCACUGCUCAAAUGUUCUCAAGGUUGUGUAUGCCUGCUGCCAGGUAUCCCAGACAUUCAGUGGUUAUAUUUCUAACUCCACCAAACAUAUGGAAUCCCUGUUAGGCAUACUCAUGGGCAAGGUUGAGAUUCAGGACAUGGAGAUUAAUUCUGUGAUUGAGACUGUGAUUCAUGUCCUUAGUACCAUUAUCAUACAGCUACAGACCCUGUCACCAGCUUUGUCUGAUGCAGCAGGUCUGAUGAUCUCCAUAUUUCUGGAGUCCACCAUUGCCAGUCACACAGCAGCUGCGGCCUUGCUGUUCAGCCAGAUGAUUUACUGUGGGAUGACGGUGGAGGUACAACCAGAGGAGAUGUUACAGGCUUGUCUGGCCGUCUUCACUGACCUUCAACAGAUCUGUGUAAGAUGUCCAUUUGAUUACGGUGUGCUGGAUGGCCUCUUGUUACUUCUUUGUGAAAUGCUAGCACAGUCUGAAGGCCCAGUUGCACAGUUGUACAUAGAAACAGGAAUCUGGGGAACCUUAUGGCACAGAGUGGCCCAAGCCCUGCAGGUCACAAACCCAGAAACAAACGCCCCCAUCCACGACAUUGAGAUGGAGUGUGAGGAACUGCCAGGAUUCCAUGCCCCCGACUGGACACUCGUAUCCCCACAGGGCCUCAUGGCUGUCCUGCAGUUGGCCGUCACUGUUUUCACCAAGGAAACAAACCAGUGUAUCCCCAACCUGUCUGUACCUGACAGCAUCAUACUUCUGACAAUUGUGCACCUCAUGCAUAGAGAGUUCCUGAGUUGUAUGUAUAAGGGGUUUAGCACUGAUGGCCCACAGCUAACGGUGGAUAUGAUAUUAGAAGUGACCCAGCUUUGUUGUUUCCCGUUUGCAGUAGAUAUUGCUGAGGACCUCUCACUGGAAGUUCAGCAAUGUUUGCACGACACACUAGUUCUACCUCGUAUUUUCUAUGCCUGCACGAAGUAUCUUCAACUAGACCAACUAGAAACUCCCAUAGGCCUGCUGGCCAGACUGGUGCUGGGGAACCAGAUGUUUGUAGAGCAGUUUGCUCAGUCAAUCAAAGAUUUUAAGACCAUUCCAUUCCUGUCUAACUGUGUACAGCUAAGUAGUCCACUCUCUGUACUCUGUGAUGUCAUUUCCAUGUGUGGUCAUCUUAUCAGACUGGAACCAGACAACCUCACCAUGGUCAAAAGUGUGUUCCUGGGAAUCAAAGGAGACUUUGAGCCGCUGAAUAUCCUGCUGUCUCAUCACUCAGCCGCUGUCAGAUCAAGGAUCUGUAGUCUGAUUGGGAACCUCCUCAAACACAACAACCACUUUUACUCAACUCUCAAACAAAAAGACAAAAUCUACGUAGCACUAACAAAGUGCUUAAAAGAUGAAGAUCCUAAUGUCAGAAAGGGUGCUAUGUAUGCCGUGGGAAAUGCUGCAUUCCAUUCAUCAGAGCUUUACAUGAAAUUGAAACCAGUGGUGCCAACAGUGGUGGAACUGCUUCGAGAUCCCAUGGCUAAAACGAGGGCAAAUGCUGCCAGUGCAUGUGGUAAUUUUGGAAUUCACUCCAAUGUUUUGGUGCCUGAUUUAAAGAAAUCCAAAGUCAUUAUCAGAUUGUUAGACCUAGCCUGUCAUGAACAACAACAGACAGUUCAAAUUAGUGCAAUAUUGGCUCUUCGAAGUCUCUCAAAGCUAGACGAACUGAGAAAGGAGAUGUUGGCCAACAAUGCUGUCGACAAACUUAACAACGUGACGGUUGCCAACACCCCCCGGCCGUCCUCCUCCAUCGUUACACAUUCCAACAUUGUCCAGGUGAACCGUAGUAUUCAAAGCAGUCACGGUCAAGGCAACACCAAUGUACACACACACUGUAGUAAGCUGGUCAAGAUUUUACAAGGGAAAACGUAAUGCUUCAUCUCUGUGUGCAGUGGACGAAGCUAAGAUGGCUUUGAGAUGAAACAUUUUUGUGACAUCAGUCUGGAAUUCGUAAAGAUGGCUUUGAGAUGAAACAUUUUCGUGACAUCAGUCUGGAAUUUGUGAGUAGGAAAUGCAAUGUGUGAAGAUUCCUGAAGUGGUUUUGUUUCCACGGAGAUUAAGAAUAGAAAACACGAGAACUGUUUGUUCUGAUUUACAGGCCGACUCGAGUCCAGAAUUGCAAUACAGAGAAUUUUUCAGUGUAUCGUGGCAUGUAUUCAACAAUAUAUACCAGUACUUGUUACAGUAUAGAAAUAAUGUCGAAGUGUUGCAUGCUUAAGCAGAAGAACAUUGUGUUCAAUAGACUCUGAACAAGUUCACUGAUGUUCAGAAGUCUGCAGAACAAUAGAAUCUUUAAUCAGAGUCUCCAGUUACUGUUACAACAGGUGCCAUCAAAUCAUCAAAUGAUCAUAUUCAAAACACGUUGUGAAACAUCAUCUUCACCAGAAGGACCACAAUUGUCGAUCUCAUCAUUACAAUUGUCACCUUGAACGUUUACCAGUGUCGAGAGAGCACCAAUCAUCACAGUACCGUCCAGUGUUAGAGGAUAUUGGUACAGCUCGCAUUUCAUAGAUUGUGCUAUACAACUUAUUUAUGGGUCUUUUCCCCAAUUGUUAUCUUUUGUCAUUCCAUUGUACUCUUGUGUAGCUGUGAAUGUUUUGCUAGACGUUAAAAGACGUGUAACAAAGUGUAUUCAUAAUUAAUAGGAUACCGUCCAAGACUUCAAUAAAUUCAUAUGAUUAG